ACGGCUGGGUUUCCUUUGGGGAGUGAGGGAGGAGCUUAGACGCCCCGGGCCCUGGCUUCUUCUGAUGCGCAGAGAGCCGAGGUCUUGGACGUCACAUUGCUCUCAUAAUUAUCUUAAUCCCGCGACAAAAGGUGGGGCCGGAGGCCCAUGAGAUUCCUAAAUCAUUGCAGGUUAAUUCUGAGAGGGGACCAGUCCCAGAGGCUCUCAGCUCUGCAGUGCUUCCGAAUCACUGGACGACUCUUUAAGAAUUCUGAUCCCCGGGCCCCCAUCUCGGACCAAAGAAAUCAGAAUCUCUAAUAGUGGGGCCCUGGCAUCGGUAGUUUUUAAAGCUGCCCAGGUGAUUCUGGGGUGCCGAGAACCACCGUGUUGAGGUCUGUAGGUGAAUUCGGAUUUUGCCCAUCCAGUCCAGUAUCUGAAUAGAAGAUCGCCCAGGACAGCCACAUACUUGAAGGAUGUCUAGGAUAUUGCCCUCUCUGCUCAAAAAUUCGGGUUUCUUUCUUUUCUCUUGCACUUUAACCUCUGCAGGAGGUCAGCUUUUGGUGGGAGUUAUCUUGAGACUUCUGGCGCCUACAGUUUAUGGGCCUUGUGUCUCUGCCCACUUAUCAGUAAUGAGCUGUAGUUGAACCAGUGGCCAACGAAGUGCAUUUUAGCUCUGAAAUCUUGAUGUUCCCUUAGUACAGAUCAGAUGGUUCUGAACAAUUUUAUUUUUUUCAGGAAUCAUGUUUUUAAACUCGUUUGACAGGCUAGGCUGUGUAUUCAGCUGUUUUUCAUCUCAAAUCAGAACAAUAUUACUUAAAAAAUCUAGACUAAAGAUUAGUAACGCAACACUUCUAGGAUUAUUUAUGCUCACAGCCCCCAUGAAUUGUGGGAUGAGAGCUACCCUUUAAAAAUACUAUUUUUGCUAGCAUAAUUUAUCGGAAUAACAGUCUCUUUGUAUACAAUUUCAAUGUGAAGAGAAACCAUAUAUUUUUAAAGACUGCUGGUUAGUAACUUGGAAUAAGCAUAACUGAAAGCAAGUUCACAGGUGUAUAAAUCCCCUCUGUGUGUUCAUUGCUGUGCUGGGGAAGUAUACAAACUAAAGUUCCAGAGAGAAAUGUUCAUUCUGAAACUGUUCUAUAGGUGGUGAUUAAUCAUUUUGGGUUUUUUUUUUUUUAAGGAUAGGGUGAGAUGAGAAUGAUGGGGGAAAGUUUUGAACAGUUAAGGCUAGAGUGUAAAUUGGAGAGUUUGCAAAGUAGGUACAGAACUUUUUUUGAACAACUUCUCUACAAGAGGAAAUUCAGCCACGGAACAGCUGGACAAGUGAAAAAAGAAUGUAGUUGAUCAAAUAUCAGAUGAAUUGAAAAGAUCUUUGAAAACAUAAUGUAUUUAAGUAUUUGCUUCCUGAAAAGAUUUGGUGCUUUAUAGUCAGUUUUUUGAGUUACUAGGUCCUCAGAGAUUUUGGGGAGUAGAUGCAGGAGGAGAGAAAGUUAUCAGGAAACAACAGACAAGCUCAACAAUUUCAGCAGCAUCUAAGAGCAUGAAAUAUUAGCUAUUAUUUUUAUGCUGGAAGGAAAAUAGGAAACUUAAAAGGAGUAGAUUGUAGAAUCCAUGCCUACAGGUAACUGAGUAAGUGCCCAAGUAAAUGAGGCAUAGUGAGUGCCUAUAAAUUCAGAAAAGAGAGAUUAACAUGGAAUUACCAUGAAUAUGUUUAUAGAAAAAAGUAAAUUUGAAAUAAGACUCCUGAAAUGUACUAGCGAUCUUAACUACUUUAAACUAGCCAUGGUUUUUGCUGUUAUGCUCUUAAUUUGCAGAACCUGCCUAUUCAACCCUUAUUACCUUAUGGUCACACUAGGUUUUGCUUAUGAAGGACAUGCUUGCUGUGAAACAAACUUAUCUGUUUCCUCUUUUGAACUAUGUUAUCAUUAUGUCAUUCUCAGUCAUCCCAUUGCUUGUUGUGUUCCUGAGUCAGAGGGUAACUUUGUUCCUGGCCUCAUAUUUCACUUUUGAUUCUGAUAUUGGUCACAUGGGGAUUCAGAGAACUUGCAAAUAAAUCCAUUCACAAAUUCAUCACACUUGCUGACAAAUUAAACAAUGCCCUUCUGUGGGUGGAAUGUCAUUUGUAUGAAAAAAAGAAUUGUUAACUGCAUCCUUUCAGUCUUACUCCUUCCCCAUGCUAUGCCUUCUUUGUGACAGUACUUAUUACAACAUCCAGAAGAGGGUAAAUUGGGGUUGGGGAUUGAGGGAAUGAAAAGAAAAUAAAACUCAGUUUUUUGACUCCCUUGCCCAUCAGUUUUAACUGUAGCUAUUAUAGACGGGGAGGUGCAGGCUUUCUGAACACAGUGGCAUGUGCAUUUGAAUAGGCCUGUGUCCUGCCCAAGAUGGAGCUUGGAUGCCUGCAGGUGGAAGAAGGCCAUUUGGACUUGAGCCAUCUUUGAUGUCCAAAUCACUAAGCAGGGACCAUGCAAAGACACAGGAGGGAGGCCAUGAGGGCAUCAAGCCAGAUGAGCUUGCCAGCCUCAGCAACCAGCCAGGGAUGGGGGCAGGGCUGCCCAAGUAGGUGGGGCAGGAAGCCCAGCCCUCAACAAAACCCUAUUACAUUCUUUGUCUUAGUGAGGAAGUUCUUACUGUUGUAUUAUUGGAAGACAUCUUCUGUGAUAGGGUUAUUAUUGCAUGUACAGAGAGAUUCCUUGGAACCGCAUAUGACUCAAUGUAUCUCACUCAGAUUUCUUACCAUACCUUCACUUAUUUUGCUGCAGUGUCCAGCAGAUCUCCUUGAAACAGUGUGUACUGAAGACCUAACUAAAUCCUCCAAAUUACCUGGUUGGUUCAAAGAACCAAAUCACUGGAGCUUUGUAGGGAAGGUUUGACUUUCAGGGCUUUAGCCAGAGUAGCUUAUUUAAUGAUUGGCUUUUAAUGUGUUUCUGUGCAAAGAUCAAAGCAGGUGAAUUUUCAUGUAUUUUUAGAAUUCUAGUAGAAAAGGAAGAUAGGAAAAUCUAGUUCAAGUAUACAUUCUAGUAUUUAGGGGAAUUUGUGUUUUUAUUUUACUUUUUUGGUUGCUACGAUUUGUCCUGUAUUCUAUAUUUAUAAGAACAUAAAUAUGUAAUUAAAAGAAUAUAUUUGAUGGCACUACCUGUCAACAAAGCCACUUAUUUGUGAAAUUUUUUGGUAACUUGAUGGAAAUAGUCACCUUUUAUCCAUUGAAAACUACAAAGCUCUUAUCUAUUGUUCUUUAUGUAUAUUUAUGCAUUAAAAAUAGAUCUUGCAGGAUGAGCAGAUGUACUGAAGUGUAAAUCCAUUUUUUAAGAGAGGCUAUAUGGAAAAAUAUAUCAUUCAAGACUCAGUCUCUGCCUUGCCUGUAGGCCUCGUCAGUGUUUAGUGAAUGACCUCAACCCUGUUUUUUUCCUUCCUUCUUUGGUGGUUGAGGACAGACAAUGAAUGGUCUCUGUACUCGCCUGGGCUCAGCUGGGUGGUGGCCAUUAUGCCAUUGUGCUCACUGGAGAGGGCUGCCGGGUUUGUAGAGCUGCGGAUCCCGGCCUUCCCUGACAUUGCCAAUCUCUUUUCUUUCAGCUCCACCAGCCCAUUGGAGAAAAGUUACUGUUCAGUCCCUGAAGGCUUGUGCCAUAAAAGAGUGGGAGACAUUCCCAGGGAGUUUCGGCACCCAUUUGGACUUUCACAAUCAGAGAUGGCAGCGGUAAAGGCAUCAACAUCGAAAGCUACCAGGCCUUGGUAUUCUCAUCUGGUAUAUGCAAGAUACUGGCAACAUUAUCAUCAAGCAAUGGCUUGGAUGCAAAGCCAUCACAAUGCCUACAGGAAGGCCGUGGAAUCCUGUUUCAAUCUUCCAUGGUACUUCCCUCCUGCACUUCUUCCCCAAAGCUCUUACGAUAACGAGGCUGCAUAUCCUCAGUCCUUCUAUGACCAUCAUGUGGCCUGGCAGGACUACCCCUGCAGUUCUUCACAUUUCAGAAGAUCUGGGCAGCAUCCACAUUACAGCAGUAGGAUCCAGGCAUCCACAAAAGAAGACCAAGCUUUGUCCAAAGAGGAAGAGAUGGAGACUGAGUCAGAUGCAGAGGUAGAAUGUGACCUGAGCAAUAUGGAAAUCACCGAAGAGCUCCGCCAGUACUUUGCAGAAACCGAGAGGCAUAGAGAAGAACGACGGCGGCAGCAGCAGCUGGAUGCAGAGCGCCUGGACAGCUAUGUGAACGCUGACCACGACCUGUACUGCAACACCCGCCGGUCGGUAGAAGCCCCAACUGAGAGGCCUGGUGAGCGGCGUCAGGCCGAGAUGAAGCGUUUGUACGGGGACAGUGCUGCCAAGAUCCAAGCCAUGGAGGCCGCGGUGCAGCUGAGCUUUGACAAGCACUGUGACCGAAAGCAGCCCAAGUACUGGCCGGUCAUCCCCCUGAAGUUCUGAGCUCAGGGCACAGGGUACCCGGCCUCUCCUUCUUCCUUUUGGGUACACGCUGUUUAUCUCUCCUUCUGUACAUUUCUUAGGGAAAGGGGACUUUGUACUGGGGUACAGGCAUGUUCACCACAGUCCCAGUGGGCCUGUCACGGGGUGGAUGUACUAUGCCAGCCACUUGGAGGUCUGCAGGACAUGUUCUGUUGCCAACAUGAUGAAUUUUCUCCUGACAUAAAAUAAUUUUGCAUAUACUAUACUGGUUUUUUAUGUUGUUGGUAACAGUUCAAUUCAUUAACGUUCUUGCCUAGAGAUACUGCCUGGUGUUUUGCUUUUUUAUCUUUUCUUGUCUUUAACCUGUCUGAACUACACAAAUGCCUUUAAAAAACCAGAUAUCCUCUCUGACUCUAGCUCCAUUAGCCCCCACUAAAAAUGAGCCAAGUGUGUAGAGAGACAAAUACCACUUCCUCUAGUGGAGAGGGAUGCAUGUUCUAUAAAGGGCCAGAGAGUGAAUAUCUUUGGCAUUGCAGGCCACACGGUCAGUGUUGUGACUACCCAACCCUCCCUUUGUAGUGUGAAAGCAGCUGUAGACAGUAAGUAAACAAAUGGGUGUGGCUGUGUUCUAAUAAAACUUUAUUUAUAAAAACAGGCAGCCGGGUGCAGUGGUUCAUGCCUGUAAUCCCAGCACUUUGGGAGGCCGAGGUGGGCAGAUCACAAGGUCAGGAGAUCAAGACCAUCCUGGCCAACAUGGUGAAACCUGUCGCUACUAAAAUACAAAAAAUUAGCCGGGCAUGGUGGUGUGUGCCUGUAAUCCCAGCUACGUGGGAGACUGAGGCAGGGGAAUUGCUUGAACCCAGGAGGCGGAGGUUGCAGUGAGCUGAGAUCGCGCCACUGCACUCCAGCCUAGAGACAGAGCAAGACUCCGUCUCAAAACAAAAACAAAAACAAACUGCAGGCCAGAUUUGGUCUACAGAUGGUAGUUUGCCAACUGCACCUCUCAUGGAAUGAAAAUCACCUGCCUGACAUUUUUAUUCUUGUUAUCUCAUUAUGUCUACAGAGCUUAGAUGUCAUACAGAAUUGAGAGCAAAGAACAAUAAUUCCGGCCCGGCGCGGUGGCUCAUGCCUGUAAUCCCAGCACUUUGGGAGGCUGAGGCGGGCGGAUCACGAGAUCAGGAGAUCAAGACCAUCCUGGCUAACACGGUGAAACCCCAUCUCUACUAAAAAUACAAAAAAUUAGCCGGGCGUGGUGGCGGGCACCUGUAGUCCCAGCUACUUGGGAGGCUGAGGCAGGAGAAUGGCGUGAACCCAGGAGGUGGAGCUUGCAGUGAACCGAGCUCCAGCCUGGGCAACAGAGUGAGACUCCAUCUCAAAAGAAAAAAAAAAAAAGAACAAUAAUUCCCAAACCUGGUCACUGCUGCAGUCACCUCUGUUGCAGAAAACGCACAGUUGAUUUCUUACUAUAUACAGCAAAUAUUGAUUUGAUAAAGGAAUACAUUUCUGAAAAUGAAAUCUAAAACUGAUGGAGCAGGUCAUUUAUAAAAGCCAGCUGCCUUUUAAAUAAGUUAUUAUAGUACAUUGCCAGGGUGAGCCCAUGUUGACCUGAGAAGAUUAGCACAUCCAUCAAAGGCUGGUGAAAAGAUUUAGUAUUGACAUGUUUCUCUCUAAGAACAGUUGGCUUCACAUUCAGCCCCUGCCCUGAGACAAAUGCAUUAUUUUCAUCAGCCCUGGGUGCUUAUUUUUCUAAGCUCUCAUUUUAUUACUGGAGUCACAAUUUGUGUGUAGGUGUUGCAGACAAAAAUGAUAAUUAACUUUCCCUUGAGGUGACACAUAACUAAAAUUUCAAAUCUUUAGUAUUUCUCCCUUUCAUUUUAAAUUCAUAUGCCUAACUAUAAAAUAACUGUGACUGAGAUACAAGUACAAACCAAAGCCUGGAAUUGCAGCAGGUGCUGAGGCAUUUGAAAGUGAAAUGUUUCUCUUCACAAAGGACUCUUAUACCCUCCCCUAAAGAAAUCACCAUGCCGGUCUCACCCCUACUGGCUUUGUUACCUAAGGCUUCACCUCUCAGUGCUUCUGGUUCCUUCCUUAUCCUUGAAAUGAGUGUUAAUAAUUCUCUCGUGGGGUCAUUGUGAGGACCACAUUGAGUAGUGCCUGUAAAACAGUGCUGGCUACACGGUAAAUACUCAAUAAAUGUUGACACGUUUA